AUGUCACAACGAUAUAUGUUAACAUCAAAUAUAUCGCAAACAGAUAUUAAUACUAGUAAAAAUGAGAUCGAUGUAAUUGAAGGUGAUGGAUCACAUCCAAUUAAAGUUAUUGCAUUCAAAGUAGAUACACCAUUAUCAGCAGCAAUAUCGACGAAUAUCCAUAAUCCAUUGAAUAAUGCAAUUGAAUUACAUAUUGGCGAACGAGAAAUGAUUGGUCAGGGUACAUUUGGAAAAGUUUUCAAAGCAAAAAUAACGACUACACAAGAAAUCGUUGCAAUAAAAGAAAUUGAAAUUGAAGAUAAAUUUAAAUCUCGAGAAUUAGAUAUUUUAAAAGCAAUGAUUCAUCCGAAUAUCGUUCGACUAAAAUAUUAUUUUUAUUCAUCAUCUAUAAAAGAUAUUCUAUGUCUUAUUAUGGAAUAUAUGCCAAUGAGUGCUCACCAAUUGAUAUCAAAUUAUCGACAUAAUCAUAAAAUUCUUCCAUUAUUUUAUACGAAACUAUUUUCCUAUCAAAUGCUACGAGGUCUUGGGUAUCUACACAUACAAGGCGUUGCACAUCGUGAUCUUAAACCAUCGAAUAUGAUUGUUGAUUUCGAUGCAGGAAUAUUAAAAAUUUGUGAUCUUGGAAGUGCAAAAAAAUUAAAUCGAAAUGAAAAAUCAGUAUCCUAUGUAUGUACUCGAUAUUAUCGAGCUCCAGAACUUUUACUUGGUUGUACCGAAUAUACCACAGCUGUUGAUAUAUGGUCAGCUGGUUGUUGUAUAGCUGAAUUUCUCAAUGGUUAUCCUAUAUGUCGUGGUGUUGAUUCAAGUGAUCAAAUGUAUCGAAUCAUAAAAAUAGUUGGUAUCCCAAAUCGAGAUGAACUACGUGAAAUGAAUCCACGUUAUACGGGUUCAGUUGAUUUAACUGUGAUUACAUUCAUACCGCGUACAUUGCGUGGCUAUUUACCUGAACGUACACAAGAAUCAGCAGUAGUUUUACUUGAACAACUAUUAAAAUAUAUACCCAACAAACGGUUAACAUGUCAAGCAGCGCUUGCAUCGGACUUUUUUACUGAAUUAAAACAAAAUUCAAUAUUAUUACCGAAUAAACGUAAUUUACCACCAUUAUUUAAUUUUCGUGAAAAUGAACUUUCGAAAAGUUCACAUUUAUAUUCAACUAUUGUACCAGAUUUUCUACGAAAUAAUCUUCCCACUGUAUAUGAAAUUGAUAAUCACAAGCAAACAUAA